UAAAACUAUUUUCUUCUCCUAUAUGCAGCCUCAAGAAAGCCGUCUGCUCUAUCUGUCUCGCUCCAAUCUCUGCAUUUCCUUUACUCUCCAUACUCCUCUCUCUGGAGUGCGUUAUUUCUCACUUUGGACCGAAAUACGACUCAAGGUGUUUAUGUGCAUGGUUUUUGAGGGUAUGAGAAGAGGAUACUUGUUUUGCUGAGGUGGAGACAAUGAUUUUAACAAAGCAAUAUCGUUGCGUACACUCCUCCAGCUGUCAAUGCAUAAAAGGGCAUCUAAGUGAAGAUGUGAUUUUUUUAGUGUUUCAACAGCUGAACUGGAACCCUAAGUUGAUUGCUACUCUGUCGUGUGUAUGCAAAUGGUUUGAUGAUUUUGCCAAGCGAGUAUUGUGGAAGGCAUUUUGCCGAGCAAGGGCUCCAAAGAUGAUGCUUGAUCUGCAGUCCAGUGGAAGUCACAGCGUUGAUGGGAAUUGGAGGGCACUUGGGAAGCUGCUUAUUUACUGCUCAGGAUGUACCAAGGGUGGCCUGUUUAAUAAUGUUCACAUUCCUGGUCAUUUUGUUUAUAGGACUCGGUUUUCUAGGACGUCAGGGAAGAGCUUUCUUUUGCCACAGUGCAGGACAGAUGUAUUGUAUGUGUCUGACCCCUGUGAACAUCUUGACCAAGGGGAUGAAGGGGAUGUAGGAUUUUUCCGAGGAAUUUUUAAGUCAUUCUCAAUGUCAAAGGUCCGGAAAAUGCUGAUUAAAAGGGGGGCCCAGCUUCACCCAACCGAGGUGUGUCCUUAUUGUAAAGCGAAGUUGUGGAGCAUGCAGCAAGCUGAAAUGAUUCCACAGAGUGCCAGCUGCAGACUGGGUGCCUAUGACGACUGCAUUGAAUAUUAUGUGUGCCUCAAUGGACAUGUUCUUGGAAUAUGCACUCUCUUACCAUUGUCAGAUUCCGAGGAGGUUUCUGAGCUGGAGUGAGUCAGAGUACAUGCAGGCUUGGAUUGUUUCUUGUGGACUGAGCAAAUGUGGAAGAGAAGGGAUAGGCUACCCUAUAUUGCCCUGAAGCUGUAACCAACCCUCACAAUCUCUUCUAGACUUCAACAACAUUGCUUCCUGUUCCUGCCCAGGUCACUUGUUUCAUAGAGAAGGGCUGGAGGCUGUUGCUGACGAGCUUUAAUCAUCUGUUACUUACUGUGAGCGUGUAAUACUGUGUGCUUUUUAUGUAUGCCCAUAUUUGUACUUUCAUGGCAGAUUGGUAACUGCAAUAAUUCAGACCCCUGUUGUCUA